ACUGAAUUAGUGAACUACUAGUAGGAACCAUCUGAGGUUCCUGUCAGCUUGACUCAAGCCUUGACCUGGAGUCAGACUCUGACUUCAGGAAGGGGUCUGAGUCAGACCCCUUCCUUGCGCGGUACUUCAGCCCAUCGGCAGAUCCUAUCCAGGCAUGGACGCACUACCGCAGUACGUCACGCAGCGCCCAGCCUCGACUCCUGACGGUCAAUGGCGUCACGCCACGCACUUGUCGAAGCGAUCGACGUGGGCAACACCCGAACGUCUCUUUUAGACUCGCUCAUGCGGUGCAGCGCCAUUCGUUGGUCACGGACCGUGUAACGGAUCCCUAUUCAGUCGUGAAUUCGCCAGCUCCCCCACACACAGUCGAAGCAACCAUCAUGAAGCCGCAGGACAGCUACACCGUCCCAAAGACGCAGACCGCCGUCAUGUACGAGGCUAACAACGCGCCACUCCAGGUGCGCGAGGGCUGGCCGGUUGUCCAACCCCAGGAUCUAAAGCCGGGUGAAGUUCUCAUCCGCAUCGCUUACACGGGUGUAUGCCACUCAGACCUGUCGGUCUGGGAAGGCGAGGGUCCUCCGCUCCCCAAACCGUUCCCCAUGGUCGCUGGCCACGAAGGUACCGGCUACAUCGCUGCUAUUGGUGAGCACACGCGCACCAACCUCAAGAUCGGCGACGCUGUCGGUGUCAAGUGGCUUGCACACACCUGUCUGGGCUGUGAGGACUGCCGUAAGGGUCACGAGACAACCUGCGCUUCAGCUGGCGUGCACGGCCUGACUUGCCAUGGUUCAUUCCAGCAGUGGUGCGUGUCGUUCGCCGACCACGUGACUCCGAUCCCAUCGGGUCUGGACCUGGCUGCUGCUGCGCCGAUCUUGUGUGCCGGUAUGACGGUGUACAAGGCACUAAAGCAGAUCGGCGGCUCGCCGGGUGAGUACGUGGUGAUUCCGGGAGCCGGCGGCGGUCUGGGCCACUUGGCGUGCCAGUACGCCCGCGCCAUGGGCUACAAGGUGGUGGCUAUCGACACGGGUGACGACAAGCGCAAGUUGAUCGAGUCGUACGGCAUCAAGAGCUUCAUCGACUUCAAGGAGGGCGAUGUGAUCGAGAAGGUCCGCGUUGCUACAGGUGGCCGCGGUGGUCACGCUGUUAUCGUCGUGGCCGACUCGACCGCCGCUUACAAGGAUGCUCUGAUGUUCCUGCGUCCGCACGGCACGCUUGUUGCUGUCGGUGUCCCCACGGGCGCCGCUAUCAUUGCUCCCGUUAGUAUGAUCAUCCCGUUCGAGUUCCGCAUCAUCGGCUCGUACGUCGCCAGCCGCCAAGACGCCAUCGAGGCCCUGGACAUGGUGGUUGAGGGCCACGUCAAGACUACGUUUACAGUGGAGCCGCUCAAGAACCUGCCGGACGUGUUCGAGCGUAUGAAAGCCGGCCAGCUCCGCAGUCGCGUUGUGCUGGACUGCGAGUAAGUGUUGAGUUUAGAGAAGAUAUAGUUGCGCAGAAGAUGUCAAAUGAAAAUCACUCGUCGUUAG